UGUGGCUUUUAAAUUACUCAAGCCUCGUUGAAUUUGGUACAUCUGGCCCUACAUAUUAUAACAUUGCCCUCGAGAUCAAAAAAUAAAAAUAUAAAAAAAUAAAAAAAUAAACCGCCAGUAGUAUCAAUUACAUUGUUGUUAUUAGGGUAUUAAAGAUUUAAGAUAUAAUACACUGGUAUAAGAGCAUGCAUCAUCUAUGAAAAAAAUAAAAAUAAAAAUAUAAAAAAAACAAUAAUAAAAAGAUAAUAACAUCAUGUUGGGGUUUACUUGUGGCAAAUAAAUAUGUAACGCGAUAGUCAUCAGGGUGAUGUGCAACAAGGCGUUUAAUGUGCAAUUCAACAUAGACCGAUAUUGAUACAGUCUAUUUUGUAAAUAAAGGCAUACAAAAAAAAAUAAACCAAGGGAUUUUUAAAGGGGAAAAAAAAUACAGGCCCCUUUUUGUAUAAAAGCAAAAUGAUACUGUUUAAAUUUUUUAGUUUAACUUGGCAAUAUGUCAGGAUCACACAGACAAAAUCGUGUUACAAGUGAUUUUAGUAUUGCUAAAAUUCUCAGUGAUGAUUUAACAUCUAAAAAUAAUACUAAAAAUAUUAAUAAUUAUAUUAUUUAUCAUAAUAAUAGUACACAAAUUAAUAAUGACGAAAAAAAGCAUUGUAAUAAUUAUAUUAUUGAUGAUAAAGCUGGUACAAGUGAUAAUGUUAAUGUGGAUUAUCAAAAAGUUGUUGUUAAUGAUUUUAAUAAAAUUGAAAAUCUUCAUUGGCUUCAGUGUACAAGAUACAAACCACCAAAGUUACCAAGAAACACUAUGACAGUUAAAAAUAUUAAGAGGAAACCAGCAAAACAUCCACGUAUACCAUUUACAAAUUUACAAUUACAAAUAUUAGAAAAACAAUAUAAUAAUAAAGCUUAUUUGAUGAGAAAAGAUGUACAACAAUUAUCAAAUCAAUUGAAAUUACCACAAAGUCGUGUUAAAAUUUGGUUUCAAAAUAGAAGAGCAAGAGACAGGCGUGAUAAUAAAAUAGUUGAUAAU